ACACGGUGGCUAGAAUUUGUUUGUUGCCGGGUAUCUUCCUCGCCUUAACACUAUUCUUCCUCCGACGCAGCUUCUCCGGGCCGCCUUCCUCUGCUUCACCGUUCGGUGUAUAAUUAGACGUGGGUACCAAACCAGCGGUGACAUCAACCUAUGGCCCGACUGCCCCUCAAAAGAUCUGCCUCAUCCUCUCCCUUCUCCGUCUUAUUCCUCCCCCCCUAACUAUAGUUUCGUCGUCUUCUAUCAUCGAUCAGCGACGCAUCGAGAGAUGCAUCAUCCUUGGCCUCCCCCAUCCCUCCGUCUUCUGCUUCCCUUUUUCCUUUCCCUCUUCCUCUCUUCCUUACCACCUUCCUUCCCCGAUGACGGCUACCUCCAGCCAUACGAGGCAUGCUCCACGAGGCCAUUCCCCUGCGGAGGCCGCAACAUCAGCUUCUCCUACCCAUUCCGCCACCAAGAUAGUCCUCCUGAGUGUGGUUAUCCGGACACUGAACUCAGCUGCAACACCACCGACGACACCUUGACGAUUCACAUCGGCAAAAAGCAGUACCGAGUGAAGGAUAACAACAUCGACUACGCCAACCACCUCGUCACCGUCGUUGAUCGAGAUUUUGUUGACAAUCCCUGCCCCCGGCCAUCUGAGAAUACCACUCUGGGUUCAGCGCCCUUCCAGUACGCCGGUGACGACGUCAACGCCACCUUCUUCAUCGAUUGCCCCCCCUCCCUUCCCUCACCGCUCUUUCCCGUCGCUUGCCUCAGAGAUAACACUGCUGGAUGGUGGUCAUACUAUUGGCCGGGAAAUAGAAACUUGUCUUACGAGGUGUACAUGUGUAGAAGAUCGUUUGUGCAACUUCCCAUGAAUCCGACGGCUAUCGAACGGUGGAUAGACGGAGACACGGAUUAUGCCGAAGCACUGCAGGAGGGAUUCACCUUGAGCUGGCCGGCGAAGAUCGGGGAGUGGUGCAGCGCUUGCAACAGGUCCGGCGGGGUGUGUGGGUACGAAUCCUCAAAGCCGACCUGUAUCUGCUCCGAUGGCUCCGCCACAGAUGAUUCGUGCGACAAAGGAUCUCACUUCAAGAAGCUUAUUUUAAUCGGUUCAGUGGCAGGAGCCGUGGGCUUCGUUUUGGUCUGCGUCGCAUUAUUUCUAUGUACGCGAAAGCGUUACACAGACUCUAUCAUCUAUUGGAACAAACCGACAAAUGUAGUAAUGAUCGAAGACUUUCUGAAUGAUUAUGGAUCCUUGGCCCCUAAAAGAUACAUGUACUCGGAUUUGAAGAAGAUGACCAAAUCUUUCAAAGAAAAACUUGGGGAAGGUGGAUAUGGAAGUGUGUUCAAGGGCACCCUCCAAGAUGGGCGUUCGGUGGCUGUGAAGAUCCUCAGCAAAUCCACAGAAAAUGGAGCAGAGUUUAUAAACGAAGUUGCCAGCAUCGGUAGGACUUCCCAUGUCAACGUCGUGAGUCUACUCGGCUUCUGCCACGACGGUCACAAACGAGCUCUGGUCUAUGAAUUCAUGCCCAAUGGGUCACUGGACAAGUACAUCUACUCUGACGAGCCGAAGGCAUCGCUUCCAUGGGACAGACUGUACCAGAUCGCCGUCGGCAUCGCCCGAGGGCUGGAGUAUCUGCAUCGCGGCUGCAACACUCGCAUAGUCCACUUCGACAUAAAGCCCCACAACAUCCUCCUGGACCAGGACUUCUGUCCCAAGAUAUCCGACUUUGGAUUAGCCAAACUGUGCCCUCCCAAAGAAAGCAUCCUCUCCAUGGCAGACGCAAGAGGAACCAUAGGGUACAUUGCACCGGAAGUCUUCUCGAGGACCUUCGGGAUGGCGUCGACUAAAUCCGACGUCUACAGUUACGGGAUGAUGGUCCUGGAAAUGGUCGGAGGAAGAAGGAAUGUGAAAGCAUGGGCAGACAGGACCAGCGAGAUAUACUUUCCGCAUUGGGUCUACGAACAUCUGGAUCGAGAUGGAGGUCUUGAAGCCUACGAUGUGACGGCUGAGACGGAGGAAAUUGCGAGGAAGAUGAUAAUGGUCGGUUUGUGGUGCAUACAAACAAUGCCACCGAGUCGGCCUUCCAUGAGCAGAGUCGUGGAAAUGUUGGAAGGAAGAGUCGGCGACAUGGAGAUGCCACCCAAACCAUAUCUUUCGUCCCCUCAGCGACCGGUCGUCGUCACCUCUUCUUCCACUUGACGGUUAGCAAACCAAAAGAAGAACUCGGAGUUAUUUUUUCCCCUCUUUUUGCCCUUUUUCUUGCGAUCUUCUUGUGAAUCACAUGAAAACUAAUUCAAGUGUUCUGCUUAAACA